AACCCUCUUCCUGCGCGGCCUGAGGUAUCCUCUGAAAAUGGUCCGCUACUCACUAGACCCGGAAAACCCCACAAAAUCAUGCAAAGCGCGGGGCUCAAAUCUGCGAGUGCACUUUAAGAACACUCGCGAAACUGCACAGGCCAUUAAGGGCAUGCACAUCCGCAAGGCCACAAAGUACUUAAAAGAUGUCACCCUGAAGAAGCAGUGCGUUCCCUUCCGCAGAUACAACGGAGGUGUUGGCAGGUGUGCCCAGGCCAAGCAAUGGGACUGGACACAGGGACGCUGGCCUAAGAAGAGCGCAGAAUUCCUCCUGCACAUGCUGAAGAACGCAGAGAGCAAUGCUGAGCUGAAGGGAUUGGACGUCGAUUCUCUGGUCAUCGAGCACAUCCAGGUGAACAAAGCCCCCAAGAUGCGCAGACGAACUUACCGUGCUCAUGGACGUAUCAACCCUUACAUGAGUUCCCCCUGCCACAUUGAGAUGAUCCUAACAGAGAAAGAGCAGAUCGUCCCCAAACCAGAGGAGGAGGUGGCUCAAAAGAAAAAGAUCUCUCAGAAGAAAUUGAAGAAGCAGAAGCUCAUGGCCCGGGAGUAAAACUCAUAUGUACAGAAAUAAAUUACCUUCUCAA